AUGGCAGACCCCGCCGAACCCCCCUCUUCGAUUCUCAUCAUCGGCUCCGGCGUCUUCGGCCUGACGACAGCCCACGAACUCGCCCUCCGCCCCCGCUACGCCUCCACCAAGAUUACCGUUCUCGACCGCUCCCCCGUCCCCGGUCCCAGUGAAGACGCCGCCAGCGUUGACUCUUCUCGCAUCAUUCGCUCAGACUACGCCGAUCCAGCCUACGCUCGCCUCGCCGCCGAAGCCCAGACGGAAUGGCGCAAGACCACAAACCCUUCAGACCUUGGAGGUGAAGGCCGGUAUCGGCAGUCCGGCUUGUGUCUCGUCGCCGACCCCAAGUCUGCUUCCCCCGCAGCUUCAACGACAUCAUCACCACCAAAAAAGACGAGUCUGGAAUAUGUUCGUGAAAGCUAUAACAACGUCGUCUCGCUCGCAGGGCCCGAUGGCGAUAAGAUCAUCAAGGAGCUUCCCACCCCGGAGGCAAUCCGCGACCACCUUGGCACCCCGAUCGCCCCUGGAACAUGGGGCUACAUCAACCCUUUGGCUGGUUGGGCUGACGCUGGCGAGUCCAUGAAGUAUCUCGCCCGCCGCGUCGAGGCCCUUCGCCGCGUAAACUUCGUCUCUGGCACCGCUGCCCGCUUAAACUACUCUUCCGCCUCGACCGUCACCGGCGCAACACUUACCGAUGGCCGUGUCCUUUCCGCCGACCUCGUCAUUGUCGCCGCCGGUGCUUGGACGGGCCAGCUUGUCGAUCUCUCAGGCCAGGCCAUCGCGACCGGCCAAGUGCUCGGAUACAUUGACAUCACCCCCUCCGAGCUCGAGAUCCUCUCCAAGAUGCCUGUGACUCUCAACUUCAGCACAGGACUCUUCAUGAUUCCUCCGUCAGGACUGCAGGUCAAGGUUGCCCGCCACGCGUACGGCUACCUUAACCCGACACCGAUCCCUCACCCGUCUCCCUCGUCCUCCGGGAAGAAGAGCACCGUCUCCCUGCCCGCGACGCACAUCACCGACCCCAACCUUCAGGUCCCGAAAGAGGGAGAGGAUGCGCUGCGCACCGCCGUCCGCACCAUCGUCCCGAUCCCCGCGAUCCACGACCGCCCGUUCGUGAAGACGCGGCUGUGUUGGUACACCGAUACCCAGACGGGCGACUUCUUGAUCUGCCACCACCCCGAGGCGAAGAACCUGUUUGUCGCCACGGGCGGCAGCGGUCACGGCUUCAAGUUCCUGCCUGUGUUGGGCAGGGAGAUUGUGAACGUGCUGGAGGGCAGAGGCGACAAGGUGUUCACUGAGAAGUGGAAGUGGAGGGCGAUCAACAAGCCCGAAGACGUGACGAAUCUGUAUGACAAUAUUUCAUGCGACGACGGCAGCCGUGGAGGCGUGCCUGGCAUUUUGCUCAAGGGCGAACAGCCCAAGCUGUAG